AUGAAUACGUUGAAGAAUGCCGUGGCACGAUUAGCGCUGCCAAGAUUCGCAUUGGCAAGACCUGCAUGUGUGGCUCGAUCACCAUACACCACGGCGGCGACAGCCACUUCAGCCUCGACCAAGGGCAACGUUAUGGAACUCAUUACACAACAGCAGAUUCAAAAAGCGAAUACCGACGGACGAGCUGAGCUCUUCGAUCGCAAGAAUCCCCAAGGUGUCAAACCUGGCAGCAUUUUGAUGGUCGAAACCUUGAAUGGACCGGGCGAAUCUACUUCUUCCACGUUCAUGGGCGUCUGUAUUGCUAUUCGACGCAAAGGCAUCGACACUUCUUUCACAUUGCGUAACAUUGUUAUGCGCAUCGGUGUCGAACAACGGUAUUCCUUGUAUUCUCCCCUGUUGAAGAGCGUCAAAGUGCUUCAAGCACCCAACGAACUCAAGUUCCGACGUGCGAAAUUGUAUUAUUUGAGAGAUCAGCCAGGCAAAGCAUUCCAACCCUUGCAAAGUCUGUGGAAACAAGAACAAAACGAAAAAAUGGCCAACAAGAAAUAG